UGUCAAAAGUGACAAAAUGAAAAUGAAUUUAAAUCAAAAUAUUGAUUAAUUCUGUUUUGUUUUGGUCAGCUCAGUUCCAGUGAAAAAUAAAAGGAACAAUUAAAAAAAGUCACUUUAAUUGAGGGUUUACGCAGAGUAAAACAACAAUUGUAUUGUUUUAUCUCUAGUAUCAAAAUGAAUACUGCUAUAAAUAUAGGUGUAGAAGACAUGACUGUAACCAUAGUCCGCUAUGGUUUAUAUUUAGGUGCGAUAUUCCAAAUAGUUUGUCUAGUAGCUUGUAUUUUUAUAUCUGACUCACCAGAAGACAAUCUUUCAUGGGGCUCGAGGAUCGACAGUGAUGAUGAAAGUUCUGAACAAAGUACCCCACAAAAUACUCCAAGAAGGCCUUAUCAUAGAGGCAGAAAGCAAGAAAAGAAAAAGAGACGUUAAAGCCUAUACAUAUUAUGUUUAGUCUGUACUAUCUGUGGAAUUAGGAUUUUAUAUUUGUGUGAUAUUAACUUAUUUUUAAAAGCUUUCUUAGUGGUAGCUGCAUGCGUUAUUUCUUUUAUAACUGAAAACUAUUUGGUUUAGUUUUAAGAGAUUAAAGUCAUUAUGAAGAAUGUUAUUUACUGAACUGUAGUACAGUAAACAACUUUUAUUUUGCAAUUUUUACUGUAAAAUAAAGAAGAUGUAUUAAAAAAUAUAAUAUGCUGAAAAUUAAUACAA